AUGAGUACCGGCGAAGCCCUAGAAUAUGGCCCCGAUGCGAAACCGUUCAUUUGUGCUCUGCAGACGGCUACUAGCGGCCAGUCCGACUGUUUACCAUGGCGCCCAAUCUGUCAUCGUUCAUGCGAAUUUGGCCCCGUACAUUUUGAUGACGCCAUGGUGAAUGCCGUUAGAAACCCAAACCUCUUGUCUAGCUGGCUCUUCCGGGCGGAGAUAUUGUCCGAGACCGAACAUGACCAGGCCGAGGUGUGCCCGGUGCAGGGGGAAUCCACGCUGCCUCGGUGCCCGGCUCUGCAAGGGUUCAGCCUCGAGAGGGCGUAUCUUCGACGAAUCAUACCACGAAACAUCAAGAGAGACAGUCCAAUGAUUCAAAGCUGCGCGUUCUAUGUUGAAUCCACGCUAGAACCAGACACAGGCACUAGGAGAAGUCUCGUGCUUUAUCUCCCUCACCUGGAUUCCGAAGAGGACUUUCCCUAUUAUCACCCCCAAGUUCGAGGCAUUGGUCUGCUUCACGAGUGGAAUGAUGAGCAGGGCAAAGGCAACUUCUCUAUUCACUACCAGCUGUUUUCAGAGGGGUCAAUGACUCCUAGACUGAAAAGCACAGCCCUGAAUAUGCUUUCUAUACUGCACAAACUCGGCCAAGGGCAACUCAACGGCUACGUUAAGCGGGUGCAUCAUGACAAAUUGGUUCCAAAGUCAGCACUACAAGACAGAUACUCAAGCCUCAGAGAUCGCUAUGCCAAGAAGCUUGUCGGAGGGUGGGCAGAAUCCACAGACCCUUUGAAGCACGUAUUUGAAGAUCUCUGCAUAGCCGCUUUCUUGAUUGAACUUUGGGCAGAGAUGUAUAAAACAAUUGAAUUCCCAGGCUUCGUGGACAUCGGUGCUGGGAAUGGCCUCCUCGUCCAUAUCCUGAACCUGGAAGGCUAUCGUGGCUGGGGUUUCGAUGCUAGAGCAAGAAAAUCUUGGCAUGUCUACAACGGUCUUCAACCAGACGGCCAGCCAACUCUGCAGGAAUUGGUCCUAAUCCCCUCACUCGUUGGUCAAGAGGGCUCUCCAAGUAUAAAUGACGUAGAAGUCUCGCCACAGACCGUGGGGAUCCACGAUGGCGUAUUUCCCAAAGGGACCUUCAUUAUAUCCAACCAUGCAGAUGAACUGACUCCAUGGACGCCGCUGCUCGCCACCGCUUCUGGAUGUCCGUUCAUAGCCAUCCCAUGCUGCAGUCACAAUUUGACCGGCGCCAGGUUUCGGGCCCCACCGCCGACUGACAAGAGCAAGUCGCACUCUGCUUAUUCUAGCCUUGUGGCCUGGGUUUCCGAUAUCGCGGUCGACUGUGGGUGGCAAGUAGAGACCGAAAUGCUGCGCAUACCCAGUACUAGGAAUACGGCUAUAGUGGGAAGACAUCGUACAAGGGAUACCACCGAGGUGGCUAUCGACCAAGUUAUUGCCAGGUACGGGGGUUCUGGCGACUACCGUGAGAAUGCCAUGAAACUUGUCAAGUCUACCUCGCCAAGGGGACACUAG